AUAAUAAACUAAUGUAUAUUGCAUCGAAUCAAUCACUAAUAGAACAGUAGAAUCGUUUAAGUGAUUUAGUCCCUUGUGUCAUAUACCUUGUAAAAAUAUCUUUUAAAACGCAUACGUAAAAUUAUUUAAUGAAAUGUAACUCAUUUUAUAUUAAAUAAUUCUAACCAUUAAUAAUAUAUUCCUUAUUUAAAUUGAAUCUUUAUUAAAAUUAACUUUUACGAAACCAUUAUGUUCUAUUAAUCAAAACAUUCCACGUGUUAACCUAUACAAAAGUCGAAAACAACCAUGUCAUUUGCUGCAUUAAAUUUAAGUUCGUGGCUUGUUCAACAAUGUAAUUUUAUGGGUUUAAAAUGCCCUACACCAAUCCAGGAAAAUUGUAUCCCAAAAAUUCUAGCUGGUGAUGAUUGUAUUGGUUGUGCAAAAACCGGCAGUGGUAAAACACUUGCUUUUGCACUUCCUAUAUUACAAAAAUUAUCUGAAGAUCCAUAUGGCAUAUUUGCACUUGUUCUAACACCAACUAGAGAACUUGCUUUUCAAAUUGCAGAUCAAUUUUCAGCUAUAGGAAAAUCUAUUGGUUUAAAAAAAUGUGUAAUUGUUGGUGGAAUGGAUAUGGUUGUACAAGGGCUAGAGUUAUCAAAACAUCCACAUAUAGUUGUUGCAACUCCAGGACGUUUAGCAGACCACCUUGAAAGUUGUAAUACAUUUUCUUUAAAGCAAAUUAAAUUUUUAGUUUUAGAUGAAGCUGAUAGACUUUUAGAAGGUCACUUUGAUGGUCAGUUAAAAACUAUAUUUGAGGCUUUACCUAAACGGAAGCAAAUGCUUCUUUUUAGUGCAACAAUGACAGAUACCCUUGACAAAGUGAAACACAUAGCAUCCAGUAAGGCUUUUAUAUGGGAAUCUAAAGAUGAGUCUGGUGUAGCAACAGUGAAAGAACUUGAUCAACGUUACGUUCUUUGUCCAAGUGAUGUACGUGAUUCCUUUUUAGUGGAAACAAUUAGAACCUUUAGAGCAAAUAAUAAAGAUGGGUCUAUAAUGAUAUUUACAGAUACUUGCAAACAUUGUCAAGUAUUAUCCAUGACAUUAAAUGAUGUUGGAUUUACAAAUGUAGCCCUACAUGCAAUGAUAAAACAAAAAGAUCGUCUUGCUGCACUUACUCAAUUUAAGUCCAAUCAUGCAAAAAUUUUAAUAGCUACAGAUGUCGCUGCAAGAGGUUUAGAUAUUCCUACAGUUGAGCUAGUUAUAAAUCAUAUUAUACCAAAUGUAACAAAAGAGUACAUUCAUAGAGUUGGAAGAACAGCUAGAGCAGGCAAAAAUGGCAUGGCAAUUACCCUAAUAACUCCACAUGAUAUUAAAUUAUUACACGCAAUUGAAAAUGCUAUUGGUACAAAACUUACAGAAUAUAAACUCAAUGAUAAUGAAAUAGUUACAAUUUUGACACAAAUAUCUGUUGCUAAACGAGAAGCGGAAAUGAAAUUAGACGAGAUGGACUUUUAUGGCAAAAGAAUGAUCAAUAAACGCAAGAAACUUAUCCUAGAAGGGAAGGAUCCAGAUGAAAUUGAGGAAAUAUUAGAACAAAAGAAACGUUAUAAAUUAAAGAAGAAACAGAAAAUUGAUGAAAAUCUACAUUAUAGAAAUAAAAUUUAAUUAACUCAAAUUUUAUCAUAUUUAAAUGUAUACAUUGUAUAAUAAGUAACAUA